AUAAACCACGGCAUCGCCCUCUCCGCCGAUGGCAAAACGCUCUACGCAUCCGGCGCAGACGGCGUCUGGGCAUGGGCUUACGACCCUUCUACGGGCCGCAACACAUCCCGGCCAACGCAAGUCAUCGGCGACUUUGGCCCGACUGACGGGCACGUCACGAGAACGCUUUUGAUGUCAAGAAAAGCAGAGGGCAUGCUGCUCGUCAGCAGGGGCAGCACGUCGAACGUGGAUCCCGCAGCGCUGGACGCAUCGACGGGCGUCUCAACCAUCAAAGCCUUCAACGUCUCGGAGAAACCGGCUCCAGAUUCGCAGCCGUAUAGUUUCCGCAACGACGGGAAGCUUCUCGGCUGGGGAUUGAGGAACUCGGUCGGGAUCGCGGAGGAGCCGGUGACGGGGGGGAUCUACUCGAUGGAGAACAGCGUCGACGAUAUGGAGCGAUUGGGUCGGGAUAUCCAUCGGGAUAAUCCUGGGGAAGAGCUGAAUUUCCAUGGGUAUCUGAAUGGGACGCAGACGAAGGAGCAGGGUGGGAAUUUUGGGUACCCGGAGUGUUAUGCUGCGUGGAAUGUGGGUGCGAUUCCGGAGAAUGAUGGAAGGAUCAAGGUGGGGACGCAGUUUGCAAUGGGGUCUCUGAAUGGGUCGGUGGAUGAUGAGUAUUGUAGGAGGGAGAAGGUGGCGCCGAGGUUGACGUUUGCGGCGCAUAUGGCGCCGUUGGAUGUGAAGUUCAAUCGGGAUGGGAGCGCGGCGUGGGUGACGUUCCAUGGGUCGUGGAACCGCGACGCCCCCGUCGGCUACAAACUCAGCGUCAUACCCUUUGCCAAUGGCUCGCCCACCGACCCGCCGGAUAGCACCACCGCUGCCGUCGACAUCGUCUCCAACCGUGAUGUCUCCCGCUGCCCGAGGGAAUGCUUCCGACCGGUAGCGCUGGCGUGGGAUCAGCAGGGGAGGCUGUUUUUCAGCAGUGAUGCUACGGGGGAGAUUUGGAUGAUUGAGAAGGACGGCGGUGGGACGGAUGGGGCGAGACCGACUGCUACAACGGGAGGGGCAGCGCCGUCGCCGGGUUCGACGGGUGCGGCGGUUAGGAGGUUUGGGGUGGACGGGUUUGCGGCGCUGAUGGCGGUCGUGAUGGGGUUGCCGUUGGUGGGAGGGUGA